AUGUCGAAGAGCCUCGAGAAUGUCGACAUCGUUCAGGCUGAGAAUGAGCAUGGCGAGAAGAAGGGGACUGGCGAUGCAGCACCAACCUCUGCGUUUGCGGGAUUGACGCGUGCUCAAUGCGUCAGGAAGUUUUGGCGACUUUACAUCACUGGACUGGGUGUUUCCUUGGCGGGAAUGUAUGCUGGAUAUGCCAACUCGGUCAUCGGAAGUAUAAUUGCCAACGAAGGCUUCAUCGAGUACUUUGCUACCGUCAAAGAUCCACAAACCGGCAAACCAGCUCUCAACUCGCAGCAUAUCUCGCUCUGGGCAGCCUGUUACUUUAUCACCUGUAUUCUGAUCCAGUCUAUUGCUCCAGUCACCGCAGAUAAAUUCGGUCGGAAGUUCAACAUGUGGGGAGUGACCUUCUUUCUGACUCUGUCUAUUGUAAUCCAGAUCAUUGCACCGAACUGGUGGACUCUCCUUAUUGCUAGGCUCGUGGCUGGCUGUGCAGGCGGUAUGAUGGGAACAUCAGUCAUGGUCUACAUGUCAGAAGUUGCACUCCCUCAGUUCCGUGGUGCUCUUUUGGGCAGCUUCUCCCUUGCUUUCGCUUUGGGUCAAGUCUUCCUUGCCAUUGCCCUUAAGGUCCUCGAGGAAACGAACCCAAUGGCGUUCCGCCACAUCUUUUACUCGGAGUUCGUCUUCACUGGUCUUUGGCUUUUCCCUAUGCUUUAUCUUCCCGAAACACCCUCUUGGUAUGCGUCCAAAGGCAGACACGAAGAAGGUAAGAAGGCGCUCAAGCGGCUUGUCGGCAAUGUUGAAGGAUUCGAUAUUGAUCGUGAGUACUCGGUUAUCCAGUACGAGAUGGAUGAGUCCUCGGCAACCGCCAAAUCCGGCAACGAAAACUCAGACUGGAGAGCUCUAUUCAAGAGCAAGAUCAACAUGAAGAGAGCCGUCAUCUCAACACUUCCCUUCACAUUCCAAAAUGUGGUCGGAGUCCCCUUGAUGUUCGGCUACACUACUUAUUUCUUCCAACUAGCUGGAGUCAGUGAUCCAUUUUUGGGCAACAUGGUCAAGCAGAUGGUUCUUGUAAUAGGCAUCAUCAUUUCCUUCUACACUGUUGACAAGGUCGGCCGACGGACGCUCGUCAUCGGUGGUGGUGCAGCAAUGGCGACCAUCUGCCUCAUUGUUGGCGGGUUGGGUUUCAUGAAGCAGACCAGCGCUUCAGGGAUGGCAUUGGUCGCCUUGUGUUCUCUUUGGGCUUUUGUGUAUGCAAACACACUUGCUCCUAUUGGCUGGAUCAGCUUAGUUGAGAUAUCGAGCCCGAGCCUGCGUGCAAAAACGACAUCAAUUGCAGUGACAAUCCAAUACGCCACUGGUAUCUUAUUCGCAUGUCAACUCAAUCACGAUUCUAAUUAUACCGUUCCUCUCAUGCUAUCGAAUCAGAAUGCUGGAUGGGGUCAAAAGAUCGGCCUGUUCUUUGGCGGUAUCACUCUGAUCUACUUGACUCCUUGUAUCCUGAUGUUCCCUGAAACGAAGGGUCGAACGUACCAUGAGUUGGAUGAGCUAUUCGAACGACGCGUUCCUGCCUGGAAAUUCGCAUCUACAAAGACUUCACACCAAGAAGAGCUUCAGGCCAAGCACAGCGGAGAAAAGGUGUGA